UAAAGAGGAGAGAGCGGAGCAGGGCUGAACAAUAGAGACAGGCAGACGGGCGAGCAGGAGAGCCAGCUGCCGCUGCUGGGGGACAGCGGGCGCCCAGGCAGCCCGCACCCCGGCCCCGGGCCCCGGCCCUCGGCCCCAGCCAGACAGCAGGCGGCCAGCGCCCUGGGGAAGGGGUACCAUGGGGGAGCUGGCGGCAGGCACCCCCAGCCCGCCGCGCGCCUCCGCCUGAGGGAGACUCAGCGUCCUCUGCCCCAGCCCCGCCGCCCAACGCCCGCCCUCGAAGCCCCGCGGCCGCCAGCUCUGCGUCCGCGGCCGCUGCGCCCCGCGCCCUCCGCCCAUAGGGCGCCGAGCAGCCCUCGGCCCCAGGCUUCUUCGGUCCCGGGCUGCCCGCGGACGCCCUCCCAUAGUCAUGAACCCCCCUGAGGGAACAGCGGAGGAAGGAGGAGCAGCAGACUCGGACGUGGACGCCUUUUUCCGGACAGGGUCUUUUCGGAAUGAUGGUUUGAAAGCUUCUGAUGUCCUCCCUAUCCUAAAGGAAAAAGUGGCCUUCGUGUCUGGGGGUCGUGAUAAGCGAGGCGGACCCAUCUUGACCUUCCCUGCUCGCAGCAAUCAUGACAGAAUAAGACAGGAAGACCUGCGGAAACUCGUGACGUAUUUGGCCAGCGUGCCAAGUGAGGACGUGUGCAAACGUGGCUUCACUGUCAUCAUCGACAUGCGGGGCUCCAAGUGGGACCUCAUCAAGCCCCUCCUCAAAACGCUGCAGGAAGCCUUUCCAGCUGAGAUCCAUGUGGCCCUCAUCAUUAAACCCGACAACUUCUGGCAGAAACAGAAGACCAACUUUGGCAGCUCCAAAUUCAUCUUUGAGACGAGCAUGGUAUCUGUGGAGGGCCUCACGAAGCUGGUGGACCCCUCCCAGCUGACGGAGGAGUUUGACGGCUCCCUGGACUACAACCAUGAGGAGUGGAUCGAACUGCGGCUCUCCCUGGAGGAGUUCUUCAACAGCGCCGUGCACCUGCUCUCGCGCCUCGAGGACCUCCAGGAGAUGCUAGCCCGGAAGGAGUUUCCCGUGGAUGUGGAGGGCUCUCGGCGGCUCAUUGACGAGCACACACAGCUCAAGAAAAAGGUGCUGAAGGCCCCUGUGGAGGAGCUGGACCGAGAGGGGCAGCGACUGCUGCAGUGCAUCCGCUGCAGCGACGGCUUCUCAGGACGCAACUGCAUUCCAGGCAGUGCCGACUUCCAGAGCCUGGUGCCCAAGAUCACCAGCCUCCUGGACAAGCUGCACUCCACCCGGCAGCACCUGCACCAGAUGUGGCACGUGCGCAAGCUCAAGCUGGACCAGUGCUUUCAGUUGCGGCUCUUCGAGCAGGAUGCUGAGAAGAUGUUCGACUGGAUAAGCCACAACAAGGAGUUAUUCCUCCAGAGCCACACGGAGAUUGGAGUCAGCUACCAGUAUGCCCUUGAUCUCCAGACGCAGCACAAUCACUUUGCCAUGAACUCCAUGAAUGCCUAUGUCAACAUCAACCGUAUCAUGUCCGUGGCUUCCCGCCUAUCCGAGGCCGGCCAUUAUGCCUCACAACAAAUCAAGCAGAUCUCCACCCAGCUGGACCAGGAGUGGAAGAGCUUCGCCGCUGCCCUGGAUGAACGCAGCACCAUCCUCGCCAUGUCUGCUGUUUUCCACCAGAAGGCUGAGCAGUUCCUGUCAGGAGUGGACGCCUGGUGCAAGAUGUGCAGCGAAGGUGGUCUGCCGUCCGAGAUGCAGGACCUAGAGCUGGCAAUCCACCACCACCAGACCUUGUAUGAGCAGGUGACCCAAGCCUACACAGAGGUCAGCCAGGAUGGCAAAGCACUACUAGAUGUGCUGCAGCGGCCCCUGAGCCCUGGGAACUCCGAAUCCCUCACGGCCACAGCCAACUACUCCAAGGCAGUGCACCAGGUGCUGGACGUGGUGCAUGAGGUGUUACAUCACCAGCGACGGCUGGAGAGCAUCUGGCAGCACCGCAAGGUGCGGCUCCACCAGCGGCUGCAGCUCUGCGUCUUCCAGCAGGAUGUACAGCAGGUGUUGGACUGGAUUGAAAACCAUGGUGAGGCCUUUCUCAGCAAACACACUGGAGUUGGGAAGUCCCUACAUCGAGCCCGGGCCCUGCAGAAGAGGCAUGAUGACUUUGAAGAGGUGGCUCAGAAUACGUACACCAAUGCGGACAAGCUCCUAGAAGCAGCGGAGCAGUUGGCUCAGACAGGGGAAUGUGACCCCGAGGAGAUCUACAAGGCAGCUCGACACCUGGAGGUGCGCAUCCAAGACUUCGUGCGCAGAGUGGAGCAGCGGAAGCUUCUCCUGGACAUGUCUGUCUCCUUCCACACACACACCAAAGAGUUGUGGACAUGGAUGGAAGACCUUCAGAAGGAGAUGUUGGAAGAUGUCUGUGCAGACUCUGUGGAUGCAGUCCAGGAACUGAUCAAGCAGUUCCAGCAGCAGCAGACCGCCACUCUAGAUGCCACACUCAAUGUCAUCAAGGAAGGCGAAGACCUUAUCCAGCAGCUCAGGUCAGCGCCUCCCUCCCUGGGGGAGCCCAGCGAGGCCAGGGACUCGGCUGUGUCCAACAACAAAACACCCCACAGCAGCUCCAUCAGCCACAUCGAAUCCGUCCUGCAGCAGCUUGACGAUGCCCAGGUGCAGAUGGAGGAGCUGUUCCAUGAGCGGAAGAUCAAGCUGGACAUCUUCCUGCAACUGCGCAUCUUUGAGCAGUACACCAUCGAGGUUACAGCAGAGCUAGACGCCUGGAAUGAAGACUUGCUUCGGCAGAUGAAUGACUUCAACACAGAGGACCUAACCCUGGCAGAACAGCGGCUGCAGCGCCACACAGAACGGAAGCUAGCCAUGAACAACAUGACCUUUGAGGUCAUCCAGCAGGGACAGGAUCUGCACCAGUACAUCAUGGAGGUCCAGGCAUCAGGAAUUGAGUUGAUCUGUGAAAAAGACAUUGAUCUGGCAGCCCAGGUGCAAGAGUUAUUGGAAUUUCUCCAUGAGAAGCAGCAUGAAUUGGAGCUCAAUGCGGAGCAGACUCAUAAGCGACUAGAGCAGUGCCUCCAAUUACGGCACCUCCAGGCUGAAGUCAAACAGGUCCUGGGAUGGAUCCGCAAUGGAGAGUCUAUGCUCAACGCCAGCCUGGUCAAUGCCAGCUCUUUGUCGGAAGCAGAGCAGCUGCAGCGGGAGCACGAGCAGUUCCAACUGGCCAUCGAGUCCCUCUUUCAUGCCACUUCCUUGCAGAAGACGCACCAGAGUGCCCUGCAGGUACAGCAGAAAGCCGAGGUGCUACUCCAGGCUGGCCACUAUGAUGCCGAUGCCAUCCGGGAAUGUGCUGAGAAGGUGGCCCUCCACUGGCAGCAGCUCAUGCUGAAGAUGGAAGACCGGCUAAAACUGGUCAAUGCCUCUGUGGCCUUUUACAAAACUUCUGAACAGGUGUGUAGCGUCCUGGAGAGCUUAGAGCAAGAAUACCGGAGAGAUGAGGACUGGUGUGGUGGACGAGAUAAGCUGGGGCCAGCGGCAGAGAUCGACCAUGUCAUUCCACUCAUCAGCAAACAUUUGGAACAAAAGGAGGCCUUUCUUAAGGCCUGCACCCUGGCUCGGCGGAAUGCUGAGGUGUUUCUCAAGUACAUCCACAGGAACAAUGUCAGCAUGCCCAGUGUCGCCAGCCACACUCGGGGACCCGAGCAACAAGUGAAAGCCAUCCUGAGUGAGCUCCUGCAGAGGGAGAAUCGCGUGCUGCAUUUCUGGACCUUGAAGAAGCGGCGGUUAGACCAGUGCCAGCAAUAUGUGGUGUUCGAGCGCAGCGCUAAGCAGGCUCUUGACUGGAUCCAAGAAACAGGUGAAUUUUACCUCUCAACACAUACCUCCACUGGAGAGACCACAGAGGAGACUCAGGAACUGCUGAAAGAAUAUGGGGAAUUCAGGGUGCCUGCCAAGCAAACAAAGGAGAAGGUGAAGCUUCUGAUUCAGCUGGCCGAUAGCUUUGUGGAAAAAGGCCACAUUCAUGCCACGGAGAUAAGGAAAUGGGUGACCACGGUGGACAAGCACUACAGAGAUUUCUCCUUGAGGAUGGGGAAGUACCGGUACUCACUGGAGAAAGCCCUAGGAGUCAACACAGAGGAUAAUAAGGACCUGGAGCUGGAUAUUAUCCCAGCAAGCCUUUCAGAUCGGGAGGUCAAGUUGCGGGACGCCAACCACGAAGUCAAUGAAGAGAAGCGGAAGUCAGCCCGGAAGAAAGAAUUUAUUAUGGCUGAACUACUCCAGACAGAGAAGGCUUAUGUAAGGGAUUUGCAUGAGUGCUUAGAGACCUACCUGUGGGAAAUGACCAGUGGUGUGGAGGAGAUCCCCCCUGGGAUCCUCAAUAAAGAGCAUAUCAUCUUUGGCAACAUCCAAGAGAUCUACGAUUUCCAUAACAACAUCUUCCUCAAAGAGCUGGAGAAGUACGAGCAACUGCCUGAGGAUGUGGGACACUGCUUUGUUACCUGGGCAGACAAAUUUCAGAUGUAUGUCACCUACUGUAAAAACAAGCCUGAUUCCAACCAGCUUAUCCUGGAGCAUGCGGGCACCUUCUUUGAUGAGAUACAGCAGCGGCAUGGUCUGGCCAACUCCAUCUCUUCCUACCUAAUUAAACCUGUCCAAAGGAUCACCAAAUAUCAACUGCUCCUGAAGGAACUUUUAACUUGCUGUGAAGAAGGGAAAGGGGAGCUCAAGGAUGGCCUGGAGGUGAUGCUCAGUGUCCCAAAGAAAGCCAAUGAUGCCAUGCAUGUCAGCAUGCUGGAAGGGUUCGACGAGAACCUGGAUGUGCAGGGGGAGUUGAUUCUCCAGGAUGCCUUUCAAGUGUGGGACCCGAAGUCGCUGAUCCGGAAGGGGCGGGAGCGGCACUUGUUCCUCUUUGAGAUCUCUUUGGUUUUUAGCAAGGAGAUCAAAGAUUCUUCAGGACACACGAAAUAUGUUUACAAGAACAAGCUACUGACCUCAGAGCUGGGUGUGACCGAGCACGUGGAGGGCGAUCCCUGCAAAUUCGCCUUGUGGUCUGGGCGCACCCCAUCCUCAGACAAUAAAACAGUGCUGAAAGCCUCCAACAUCGAAACCAAGCAGGAGUGGAUCAAGAACAUUCGAGAAGUGAUUCAAGAAAGGAUCAUUCACCUGAAAGGAGCUUUAAAGGAGCCACUUCAGCUCCCCAAAACACCAGCCAAACAGAGGAACAAUAGUAAGAGGGAUGGAGUGGAGGAUAUUGACAGCCAGGGGGAUGGGAGCAGCCAACCAGACACCAUCUCCAUUGCUUCUAGGACCUCUCAGAACACAGUGGACAGUGACAAGCUCUCUGGCGGAUGUGAGCUGACGGUGGUCCUCCAGGACUUCAGUGCAGGCCACAGCAGCGAGCUGACCAUCCAGGUGGGGCAGACGGUGGAGCUGCUGGAACGGCCCAGCGAGCGGCCCGGUUGGUGUCUGGUCCGUACCACGGAACGGAGCCCGCCCUUGGAGGGUCUGGUCCCCAGCAGCGCCCUGUGCAUCUCACACUCCCGAAGCAGCGUGGAGAUGGACUGCUUCUUCCCCUUGGUGAAAGAUGCAUACUCUCAUUCCUCAAGUGAGAAUGGAGGCAAGUCCGAGUCCGUGGCCAACCUGCAGGCCCAGCCCUCCCUGAACUCCAUCCACAGUUCCCCAGGUCCCAAGCGCUCCACCAACACUCUUAAGAAGUGGCUGACGAGUCCUGUGCGUCGGCUGAACAGCGGGAAGGCAGAUGGAAACAUCAAAAAGCAGAAGAAAGUCCGCGAUGGUCGGAAGAGCUUCGACCUGGGAUCUCCCAAGCCUGGGGAUGAAACAACCCCUCAGGGAGACAGCGCUGAUGAGAGCAAGAAAGGUUGGGGUGAAGAUGAGCCGGAUGAAGAGUCACACACACCCCUCCCACCACCUAUGAAGAUUUUUGACAACGACCCUACACAGGAUGAAAUGUCGUCCUCUUUGCUAGCAGCCCGGCAGGCUUCCACUGAAGUACCUACUGCUGCAGAUCUUGUCAAUGCAAUAGAAAAGUUGGUCAAAAACAAGCUGAGUCUAGAAGGAGGCUCAUACCGGGGGAGCUUGAAAGACCCUGCAGGCUGCCUGAAUGAGGGGAUGGCCCCACCCACACCUCCUAGAAACCCAGAAGAAGAACAGAAAGCCAAGGCCCUGAGAGGCAGGAUGUUUGUCCUGAAUGAGCUGGUACAGACAGAGAAAGACUAUGUCAAGGAUCUGGGCAUUGUGGUGGAGGGCUUCAUGAAGAGAAUAGAAGAAAAGGGUGUCCCUGAGGAUAUGCGAGGAAAGGACAAAAUCGUGUUUGGAAAUAUUCAUCAGAUUUACGACUGGCAUAAGGAUUUUUUCCUGGCGGAACUGGAAAAGUGUAUCCAGGAGCAAGACAGAUUGGCACAGCUCUUUAUUAAGCAUGAGCGGAAGCUGCACAUCUACGUGUGGUAUUGUCAGAAUAAGCCGCGCUCAGAGUACAUCGUUGCUGAGUAUGAUGCCUACUUUGAGGAGGUAAAACAGGAGAUAAAUCAGAGGCUGACACUGAGUGACUUCCUCAUCAAGCCCAUUCAGAGAAUAACAAAAUACCAGUUGCUCCUCAAGGACUUCCUGAGAUACAGUGAGAAGGCUGGUUUGGAGUGUUCAGAUAUCGAGAAAGCAGUGGAGUUAAUGUGCCUUGUUCCCAAACGCUGCAAUGACAUGAUGAAUCUAGGACGUCUGCAGGGCUUUGAGGGCACCCUGACUGCUCAGGGGAAGCUGCUGCAGCAGGACACAUUCUAUGUGAUCGAGCUGGAUGCGGGCAUGCAGUCCCGGACCAAAGAGAGGCGCGUGUUCCUCUUCGAGCAGAUUGUCAUCUUCAGUGAACUGCUCAGGAAGGGAUCCCUCACCCCUGGCUACAUGUUCAAAAGGAGCAUCAAGAUGAAUUACUUGGUCCUGGAGGAGAAUGUGGACAAUGAUCCCUGCAAGUUUGCACUCAUGAACAGGGAGACUUCUGAAAGGGUCAUUCUGCAAGCCGCCAACGCUGACAUCCAGCAGGCCUGGGUACAGGACAUCAAUCAAGUCUUAGAAACACAGCGAGACUUUUUGAAUGCACUGCAAUCGCCCAUUGAGUAUCAACGGAAAGAAAGGAGCACAGCCGUGAUGAGGUCUCAACCUGCCAGGCUUCCCCAAGCCAGCCCCAGGCCCUACUCCUCCGUUCCUGUGGGCUCAGAGAAGCCCCCAAAGGGCUCCAGCUAUAACCCACCUCUGCCUCCCCUGAAGAUAUCUACCUCCAAUGGCAGUCCAGGGUUUGAAUACCACCAGCCUGGGGACAAGUUCGAAGCCAGCAAGAACGACCUGGGAGGCUGCAAUGGGACCUCGUCCAUGGCCGUGAUCAAAGAUUACUAUGCACUGAAGGAGAAUGAAAUCUGUGUGAGCCAAGGUGAGGUGGUCCAGGUCCUCGCCGUCAACCAGCAGAACAUGUGUCUGGUGUACCAGCCUGCCAGCGACCAUUCCCCCGCCGCCGAGGGCUGGGUCCCGGGCAGCAUCCUGGCGCCCCUCACCAAAGCCACAGCAGCAGAAAGUAGUGACGGGAGCAUCAAGAAGUCAUGUUCAUGGCAUACUCUACGCAUGAGAAAGCGGGCGGAAGUGGAGAACACGGGUAAAAAUGAAGCCACAGGGCCUCGUAAACCCAAGGAUAUUCUGGGCAACAAAGUCUCUGUUAAAGAGACGAACAGUUCCGAGGAAUCAGAAUGUGAUGAUCUUGACCCUAAUACUAGCAUGGAGAUCUUAAAUCCAAAUUUCAUCCAAGAAGUGGCCCCAGAAUUCCUUGUGCCCUUGGUGGAUGUGACCUGCUUGCUUGGGGACACAGUGAUACUGCAGUGCAAAGUCUGUGGGCGGCCGAAGCCCACCAUCACUUGGAAGGGUCCAGACCAGAACAUCCUUGACACUGAUAACAGCUCAGCCACAUACACCGUCUCCUCUUGUGAUUCUGGAGAAAUCACCCUGAAGAUCUGUAAUCUGAUGCCCCAAGACAGCGGGAUUUAUACCUGCAUAGCAACAAAUGACCACGGGACCACAUCAACGUCUGCAACAGUCAAAGUGCAAGGUGUUCCAGCAGCCCCUAACCGCCCCAUUGCCCAGGAGAGAAGCUGCACCUCCGUGAUUCUCCGCUGGCUGCCCCCCUCCAGCACAGGAAACUGCACUAUUUCUGGUUACACUGUGGAGUACAGAGAAGAAGGUUCUCAGAUCUGGCAGCAGUCGGUGGCUUCGACCUUGGACACUUACCUCGUCAUCGAAGACCUUAGUCCCGGCUGUCCUUAUCAGUUCAGAGUCAGUGCCAGUAACCCCUGGGGAAUCAGCCUUCCCAGCGAGCCCUCGGAGUUUGUGCGACUUCCAGAAUAUGAUGCUGCUGCUGAUGGUGCCACCAUUUCUUGGAAGGAAAAUUUUGACUCAGCUUACACUGAGCUGAAUGAAAUUGGAAGAGGCCGUUUCUCUAUAGUAAAGAAAUGCAUUCACAAAGCUACCCGCAAAGAUGUGGCUGUGAAAUUUGUUAGCAAAAAAAUGAAGAAGAAAGAACAGGCUGCCCAUGAGGCUGCCCUGCUUCAGCACCUACAGCACCCCCAGUACAUCACUCUCCAUGACACCUAUGAGUCCCCCACAUCCUACAUCCUGAUCUUGGAACUGAUGGAUGAUGGCCGGCUCUUAGACUACCUUAUGAAUCAUGAUGAACUGAUGGAGGAAAAAGUAGCUUUCUAUAUCCGAGACAUCAUGGAGGCUCUGCAGUACCUUCACAACUGCAGGGUUGCACAUUUGGACAUAAAGCCUGAAAACCUGCUCAUUGACCUACGGAUUCCAGUGCCUCGAGUGAAGCUCAUUGACUUGGAGGAUGCUGUCCAGAUCUCGGGUCACUUCCACAUUCACCACCUGCUGGGGAACCCUGAGUUUGCUGCCCCAGAAGUCAUUCAAGGCAUCCCUGUCUCCCUGGGGACAGACAUCUGGAGCAUCGGGGUUCUGACAUAUGUCAUGCUGAGUGGGGUCUCCCCCUUCUUGGAUGAGAGCAAAGAGGAGACAUGUAUCAAUGUAUGCAGGGUGGAUUUCAGCUUCCCCCAUGAAUACUUCUGUGGUGUGAGCAAUGCUGCCAGAGAUUUCAUCAAUGUGAUCUUACAGGAAGAUUUUCGGAGGCGGCCCACGGCAGCCACAUGCUUACAGCAUCCAUGGCUGCAGCCCCAUAAUGGCAGCUACUCUAAGAUCCCCCUGGACACCUCCCGCCUAGCAUGCUUCAUAGAACGCCGCAAGCACCAGAAUGAUGUGCGGCCUAUUCCCAAUGUCAAGAGCUACAUUGUCAACCGGGUGAACCAAGGGACGUAGCCAUCUCCCAGCCCCUAUGGUUUCACAUAGAAGUGCAGUGUGAACCAAAGCAAGACUGAAUGUGACUGUAAAUAAUUCUGUUCAUCAUUUCACUCCGUGCAGUUCUCUGAAUUGAGAGAUGUACCUCUUAAACCUCGUCAGUGGUUAUUCAGGGUCUGAGCAGCAGUGAAAGUCACCCUAAAUCCAGGGGCUUUCCAGAAGGUCAUUCUGAAGAAAUAAAGAGGCAAAGGGUCACAGAAGUGUUCAGAAGAAAGGCAAAGAUAAGAACAAUAUUCGCUGUUAUGAAAUUUUAACUGUAUCUUCCAAAAUGAGUGGUUAACUGGGCAAACCUUAAGCUCAUAAGAGUAUAAAAUUUCUGGCUUUGCUGAAAUUUUAAGCAAAAAGUUCUAUUUAAUGGAGAUGUCAUGUAUAUCAACUAUUCUGGUUUAGAUAACUUAGAUAUAGUUUCUUAAUAGGAUAGAUAUACACAUACAGUAUAAUAUAUCCCAUUCAGGUUUCAGAGUUUUCUAAUAUAGAGAUAUAUAUAUUAAAUCAAUCACAAGUAACUUUGAGUGCUUCAGUUAAGACAGUAAUUUAUUUACCGAAGCAUUACAUUGUUUUGACUAAGCACAAUUAGAUGACAAGUUUUUUAGAGCAUUUUAUAAAUCUUGUAUAGAAAUCUUUUACCAGAACCUGUGCAUUAAGAGAAAGCAAUGUUGCCCUUUUGAAUGAGAAAAUUUUUUCUGUCAAUCACAGGUUAUUUGAUUAAGAUAGGUUCUUUCUGUAUAUGAAACGCUACCCGCAAAUUCACUGGCAGCUCAGAGUUAAUCUGGCAAGAAAGCCUGCCAGGAAAUAAAUUCAAAUACAGUAUGAGCUGCGGGGAUAUUUUUGUGUCUACACCAGGUUUGAAAUAAGUAAACAAAUAUAAGAGGUUCAUACAAAAGGGCAAAUGAAAACCUUUCCUACAGUUCCUAUGAACAACAUGCCAACACUUUCUGAUUUCUUCUACGGCUGUAGAAUACCAUCUUUCAGAAAGUUGGCUGGCUUUAUUUCUAACUCCUUAUUGAAGCUAAGGGGUGCUUACUAAAAGGAGGCAGCCAUAUAGGCCUUUUAAAGGCCUGGUUCUAAGUCCUUUUUAAAGCCAUGGAACAAAACCUGAUACAUCACCCUAACAGAGCAUUAAGUUGUAACUGAGAUUGCAAUACCUGUCACCACUCAGCCGCUGAUAGUUCUCUGAACUAAAAGGACUAAUUGUACUUUGAGGCCAAUGCUGCUUUCUGGUGUAUAUUCUCCAUACAAGAUUAUUAUUAACUGCUCUUUUUCCCUCUGGUGGAAAAAAAAUUAAACCUGGGCAUUUCAUGGGUUUUCUUUCUUUAUUUUUGUUUGUUUGUUUUGGAGGGAGGGAGCUUGUUUUUUGUGUUUGUACAUGAUCCACCCUUAGUUUUCUAGAAUGUGUGCUGAAAAUUGCGAUUAUACAAGUAAGAUUUUAAAAAUGUAACUCAAGUGUUUGUUCAAAUCAGGUUUAAUGGUGUUGCUUCUCUCCUAUAAUGGGAUAGAGAAAAUUAAAAUCACUCAGUACAGAAGUGCAAGAAGAGAAUUUAUGAAGGAUGAAUAGAACUACAAACCUAUCUAAAUGAAAAAGAAAUGGUGGAAACUAAGCCUGAACUUUAGCAUAUAAAAAACACUUAUUCCCACAGUGAAAAUGUAAAAUUAAAAAUCAUCAUCUUUUUUUUCCAUUGGUUUCAAAGACAACUUCCUCAUUCACCCUCCACCUCAACCCAUCCAAGAUUAUAGAUUGAUAAAUUAAUGGAAAGUAUAAGCAAUAAGACUAGAUAGCACUUAGUAUUUUGGGGAUUAACCAAAUAUAUGGAAACCGACUCCGACUGUAUUUGUUUCUUAGUUUUCAAAUGGCCCUGGAUCAUUAAGCCUCACUCCCUCAGAGGUCUCUCUUGACUAACCCCUAUAGUCUUCAUUUGGACCUUUAUGUAUUUACAAACAUUCUAUGAUACAAUACAUAAAAAUUUAAAACAUACAUUAAACAUGUUUACUAAAAUUUUUUGAAAUGUAAAACAUAUUUAGUAAAAAAAUUUUCAGUAAACAUGUUUUCAUUGUGUUUAAAAAAUUUUAAACAUAUUUACUAAAAGUCCUUUUAGUAAACAUGUUUACUAAAACCCUUUCAAUAAACAUGUCUUCAUUAUGGUAUACAGCAUAAAAGAGGAAAGCCUGAGCCGGGCGCAGUGGCUCAUACCUGUAAUCCCAGCACUUUGGGAGGCCGAGGCGGGUGGAUCACGAGGUCAGCAGUUCAAGACCAGCCUGACCAACAUGGUGAAACCCCGUCUCUACUAAAAAUACAAAAAAAUUAUCUGGGCAUAGUGGCAGGCACUUGUAAUCCCAGCAACUUGGGAAGCUGAGGCAGGAGAAUCGCUUGAAACCGGAAGGCGGAGGUUGCCGUGAGCUGAGAUUGCGCCACCGCACUCUAGCCUGGGCAAUAAGAGCAAAAUUCUGUCUCGAAAAAAAAAAAGGAAAGCCUGGCCCACAGGGUUUGUCAUGGGACAAACUGUAGGCUCUGAGGAUUCCCAAUAUCCAUAAAGUCCAGCUUGGCAAGUUCUGUUCUGUCCACUGUGGAUGACCUGAAUCAAGAUCCCCCUGCUGAGCCAUUCUGAGUUUUUAUAACAAGUUGUUUCUGCUUGAGAAGGCCAGGGCCCAGAACAAUGGUGCGCAGACCACAGCAGGUGGGGGGCAAGGAGGGUAUUGUUGAAAUUAUGUUAUGGGGGCAGUUGACAGAAUGUUAUACAGACCCCAAGCUUUCAUAUCAGCUUUUACAACAGAGUUGGGAGGAUCCAGAUGUGGGGUUGCAUGGAAUUCCCCCAAGUACACAUAUUUGGGAAGUGAGAAGACAGGAAAGGAGGGACCUAGAAAUGAAAAGUAGGAUGAUUUUGUUAACUAGAGCCAAGGUACAAUCAUUAGACUAGAAUGAACUUAACAGAGGCCCCAAGAGAAAGAGGGUAUAUUUUAUAUAGUUUGAUAACGGAGGGAAACUAAAAGGGAGGCUCCCUGUCUGCAAAGCUCCUGGUCCCUCCCAACAGAAAUAAGAGAGUAGUCUUGGUUCGAGAGCUCUCCACAGCAAGUUGGAAAUAACAAGGAAUCCCAGACGAUGAUCCUGGGGAAUGUACUUUAGGUUGCUCUGAGGGCAGCCAUGGUUAGGGAAGAAGGAUCAGAGGCCACUCUUGUUUUGGCAGAGAGAUUUAUUACUUGGUAGUAAGGAAGAGAGGAGAGAAAAGAAAAUGGUCCACUUCUAUCAUUAUGAUGGUAGUUCACAAUGGGAGUGAACUUUCAGCUGAAAUGGGAAAAACAAACAAUGGUCAAGGUCACAAGUUUCUUUCUCGGCUUAUAUUCAUUGCAUAGGGUUUUGAGCUUUUUGUUUUUUGUUUUGUUUUGUAAGGGUGGGAUACAGAAAGAAUGAAAAGAUCAGGGACAACCCAUAAGAACUUUUAAGAAGUAUUAAUAUAAUGAUUUCCUACAUCUUUUACAUGUGUUUCAAAUUAAAUAGAUAUAUAUCCACUUACAGCUGAAUGUGGUAAAAUUUUUAAGAAAAAAAAUGGUAAUGUUGGAGAUAUCCUUCAGGUCUCUCUCAGCCAUAAACAAUGUAAGGGGGAAUAGAGGAAGCAGAGGAGAAAGCUAGCUUCACUGCUUUGUGGUCCACAAAGCCUUUAUAAAUAGUAGUGCCUUUCAGAGGGGAGGAUGGGAGAUAACGAAGUUCAUCGCAUUUAGAUGUACUGAUAUUGCAGCAUUUUUUCUUUACUUUAAAAUAUCUUGUAAAUGAAAACAUCUGAAUAUAGGGGUGGGACCAGGAAUGUUUGAGUUUCAAUCUCAGCUAUUCCUGAUCCAUCUUUUCUUACAGAAAGUCUUCGUUUUUCCUUCCCCAAAUGUCCCCAUUGGUAAAAUGGGAGUUGGGGGAUGGGGAAGGAGGGAGGACAUUAAUCUUACAGGAAUGUUGAGAAAUAACCCUGGUGGGGACAUCUAUAAAAUACUUUGAUUUUUUUUAAAGUGCUACACACUGCCAGUGUUAAGAAUUUUAUUGAUAGUAACUUUGAACAUUCCAGGUUUUCAAUAUUCACGUCUUUAGAUACCAUUUAUAAACUCAUGAGAUUAAAUUCUGUAAAUUGCUUUCAGUUGGAAGUAUCAGGUGCUCUUUGUCUAAAUGUUAUUUGGUCUUAGCCUAUAAUUUGGAUCAUUUAAGAGCUUGUCUACUGAAAAGGGUUAGGAGAGCUGAUGAAGUCUUAUGUCCAUAAGCCGUUUUCUCCAGUAUUUCUUAUGGCAGAUGCGAAGAGUAAAAUGCCCUCGAAAGCAACUGCUACCUUCCUUCUCAAGCUUUAUGCUCUGAAAAAAAGGACAGAGAAGAAUCCAACAACCACUUUCUUCACUUGGGAGGGCAGAAGUGAGAAGAAAACAUCUUCUCAUAUCACAAUUUAUUUUUCACAGUCUCACAGGCAUCUAAGAGACAAAUUAAAUGCACAGGCAUGUUAAAUGCAUAGAAAUGAAUUGGACUGCUCCUUUUUGGAGGACAAACUUUGAAUCUUUUUUUUUUUUUUAGGUGGUUAGGUCUUUCAGGAGUUGCAUAUUUGCUAUCCCAUAACCUCCAUGAUUAGAGCCCAUGAGUUAGGCAUUACUUUUUUCUUGCCUCUGUGGAAGAGCAUGGCAAUUUAGAUUUGUGAGAAUAUGAGGGAGCAAAUAUGAUAUAAACUAAAUUUUGCAUUAACUAAAACUUUGUCCCAUGCAUUUAAUACAGGAGGAAAUAAUUUUGUACAUAAGAGGUCUUCGUAGUAGGGCAAAGGUCAAACUCACCAUGUCCUUAUUCAGUGUGGUCAAUGAAUUGUGCUAGAUGAGUUUCGAGGAAUGUAGACCUUCUUCCUUUCUCUCCUGGGUCGCACCUCUGUGGAGUCUGGGUUAGACAAACGCAAUAUGUGACCUUUCAGUGAAUUUAUUUAUAAAACUGCACCUUGAUUUUUCUUCACUAUUUAAAGCCUAGGGAUGAUUUGAUGAUGAAUGAUUAAACCCAGGGUGGGCUUAGAGACGAUAGAGCUCACACACGCUCCAUCAAGAAAAGGAAAGCUACUAUGUUAAUAUUUAUUUUCUAAAAAUAGUAAGGCUCUCAGUUGUUUCAUUAAUUCUAAAGGGUUAAAAAGGGCUGAAAUUUGUUUAUAGUACCAAAUGUUUUUAAUAGGAAAUUUACUCACAUAAAAAAUUUAUGCAGAAGUAGUAGAACACAGAUUAUCAUAAGAACAUAUUUUCUAUGAAAGGCAUUUAUUCCUCAUUUUCAAUAAAUAUAAAGAAGUUAGAGGACAGGAAAAAGCAAUCACUCUAAGACAACUUUUCAUCUUUGAGGGACAUUAUGAUAAGCCUGAAAUUAAUAUGCACAGGCUAUUGCAUUUUUCUGUGAGAAAUGUGCCCCUUUGCUGUGAGAUUCUAAAAUGUGUUCAGGUUUAGUUUUUAUUCAAAUGAUCAAGAUAACGCAUUAGUUAGAUAACUGCUAUUUCAGAUAGUGAGGUUAGCUGAGAAAAGGGAGCAUGGUAGAAGAAAUGCAAAUAACAAUUCUUGGAAUGCUAACUCCUGAGGCUUAUUUUAACCAAGCAAGUUUGUUGGCCCAGGGAUGGCCAGCAUAGGAGUUUCCAUCAAUACCUGACUUCCAUCAAGAACUGGAUCCAUAUUCUGGAGUAUUACAGAGACUGUUACUAUGACCUCAAAGACUGUGGCUACGAAUCUGAAGUUAACAAGACAUACAUCUUCUCUUACUAACUUAAGCCAUAUCUGUCAUCUCUAUGUUUGAUUUUUCUGACCCUGGUGCUUUUACUUCUGUUUCUGCCAAACUUCAGCCUACUCUAUGGGGAAGGUGAGUAAAACUAGUAGUUAGAACAAAUAUGAAGACUGUGAAAAAAACUAAACAUACUCUUCAGAAUGAGAUCCUGUUCAGAGAACAGUAGUGAUCAAAGUGCAAACUGUUGGAAAAUACGGAUAUAUGUACAUCUGUACAUGUAUAUAGUGUAUAAUAUGUAUGUAUAUGUUAUUGCUCAUAUGCAGAAAUCUAUCCAUUUGCAGACAGCCCAGGUGGGUCAAUUUUUCUAAUAGAAAACCAUUUAGGGCCAUUCAAAACCAUUAGGGCUAAUUUGUGGAGAUGAAUUCUACUCAUUCUGGAAUUAAUUUGCUGUCUUUUGACAUCCACGAAGCCAAACUAACAAAGUGUGAAACACAAAGGGGCCAUCAUUUAGGUUAUUCUGUUUAUCUAGACUUAUAACUAUCUUUAUAUUUGAACUAUUAAUAGUCGAUUUGCAAACUGUAUUGGCAUCUCUUGGUUUUGAGUGACCCCUGCCCCCACCCAAGUCUUUUGAGAAUUUGGAGUGGGCUUCACUGGCCAUUCAGACAAAGGGUCUUAUUCAUAAGUGGACAGGUUUCCCCAUAGGGACCAUCACACAUAUACAUAUAAGUACAUACUUCCAUCAGGCUUGUAACAAUUGAUUUAAAAUCACUCCACAGUAUUGAUAAAUAGCUCUAUAUUUUCAAGGUGCAGAAGAAUUCCACAGCCUUAAUUAUUUCAGUGUCUUGCUGGUCUGCCUUAAGUGUAUCUUCUGGGUUUUUGGUUGUUUUAUUAUUUUUAAAUUUUUCUGCUGUUGUUCAUUUUGUAUGCACACAAUGUCGUUUUGUAAAGGUAGGUUGUAAAUAUUUUAUUUGUAAGUCAAAAUCACUCAUGUGUAAUGUUGUAAAGUGAUGACCUGCUGUCUUGUUACUGCUACAGUAAAUGUUAUAAGUUAUGGAUGAAACUUCAAAAUGUACAUCUCACAUGUUAUGCAUUCCUAUAAAUAUACUAUACUAAAGAUACUA